UUGGAUGCCAGUUGGUGACGUCACCGAAGUUAUCCUACUGGUAACGCCCCCUUCAACUUUGCUUAAGCAGUAGAAGUGGUUGUUUUUUGUUGGCUAAAAGUGUUUGUCACACGGUGCAAACUUUUCUAUUCCACCACACUUCUGUCGAAAAGCGCGUGUUAGUGUCUCAAGGUGGGAAGCAUGGAUGGCGUCCGGAGUGCUUCAAGUCCCCAGGAGUCAUUUGUCUACAACAACGGGGACACCGUUGCAUCAGCCUGAAUGUGUCCGUCCAGAAUGUUCCGUAAGCUUCGGUGACGCCACGGAGCUGCUGAUCCGCCGGGACGCAAAACGCACCUCAUCGGAGCUCGCCCCGUGCCCUCUCUGCGGGCCGGGGUCCUCCUUGCAGCAUCACGAGUACGAUCAGACUCGCCUCGCAGUGCCACCCGCACGCAUGAUUGACAUACCCAGCCCGGCGAGGUCGCCCAGCGGACGCCCUCGCCAUGCGGGCUGUAGCCCAGACGGGUGCGCCCCGCAGGAUAUUCGCAGGGAACCAUCUCAUUUCGCGGACGCCAGGCGCACAAAGGAGGACUCGGAAGUCUCCGGACCCGGUAGACUCCAGGUCUGUCCGAGGACCUUCCGUGCAGAGGUAGAACUGAAGAGCGCCCGCAGAGAGGUCCGGGUGGCUCCACUCAUUGGGUCCAAAAAGCCGAUCGGUGGCGUUGCUCCUGGUUCUAGAAUAUUCUUCAGGUCCGCCUCGGAGUUCUGCGCGUUCAGGAAAGCCAAACAAACUCUGAAAGCGCGCGCGAAGGGAAAGUCCGCCAGCGAGACGACGACGCUGCGGCCGCAGCGCAGGCAGAAGAAAGCUUACCCGUGCCGAGUCUGCGGCAAGCUCUUCCUCCACCAUCUGUCCCUGGACGCUCACUACACGGCCACCUCGUGUGUCGGCGCCGCGCACAGAGCCAAGGCCAAAGAAGCCCACUUACCCGAACCCCCGCCGAACCAUCGUGCAAAGACCGGCCUACCCGGGAGGCCCACGAAGGCGGAGGAGGCGGGGCUUGACUUCCCCUGCCCCUCGUGCACCAAAGUCUUCCCGCUGCAGUCGCAGCUGAGGGAGCACGCCCAGCUGCACGACUCCUCCCAGGCCAGCAGGGAGUGCAGCGUGUGCGCGCAGGAGGUGCACGCCUUCAAGCGCCCGCCGUCCAGAAGGAAGCGCUCCUACCACUGCCUGCCUUGCCGGGAGGGCUUCUCCGCGCUUGACUCCUUCCUGGAGCAUUGUCAGGAGCACCUGCGCGCCCGGGGGGAGGAGGAGGAGGGCGUCGUCAUGGCGGGGUACAAACAUCAGGCCGGCGAAGCCUGAGGGACUCCUUUAGGGACUCCUGCUCUGGGGUGGUCCGAUACAAUGUGGAUAUUGGUUUGAUGGCAGCAAAAAAACUACUAUCUGACGGUAUCGGCUUGCAUGGAAAAUGUGCGAUACAAGCAGUCCUGCGGCGUGCUGAUUUGUGUGAUGAUAUGUGCGAUACAAGCAUGAUAUCACUUGUGUGUGAUAUCAUGUGCGAUACGUGAAGCCCUGCAGCGUGCUUACUUGUGUGUGAUACAAGCAGUCCUGCAGCGUGCUUACUUGUGGGCGAUACAAGCAGUCCUGCAGCGGGCUUACUUGUGUGUGAUAUCAUGUGUGAUACAAGCAGUCCUGCAGUCUGCUUACUUGUGUGUGUGACAUCACGUGCGAUAAAAGCAGUCCUGCAGCUUGUUUACUUGUGUGUGAUAUCAUGUGCAAUACAAGCAGUCCUGCAGCUUUUUUACUUGUGUGUGAUAUCACGUGCGAUACAAGCGGUCCUGCAGUCUGCUUACUUGUGUGUGUGAUUCAAGCAGCCCUGUAGUGCUGCUUACUUGUGUGUGAUAACACAUGUGAUAAAAGCGGUCCUGCAGCGUGCUUACUUGUGUAGGUGACAUCAUGUGUGAUGCAAGCGGCCCUGCACUGUGCUUACUUGUGUGUGUGUGAUAUCAUGUGUGAUACAAGCAGACCUGCAGUGCUGCUUACUUGUGUGUGAUAUCACAUGUGAUACAAGCGGUCCUGCAGCGUGCUUACUUGAUUGUGAUAUCAUGUGUGAUACAAGCAGACCUGCAGUGCUGCUUACUUGUGUGUGAUAUCACGUGCGAUACAAGCAACCCUGCAGCGUGUUUACUUGUGUGUGUGAUAUCAUGUAUGAUACAAGCAGCCCUGCAGUGCUGUUUACUUGUAUGUGAUAUCAUGUGCGAAAGAAGCGGUCCUGCAGCGUGCUUACGUGUGUGCGUGCGCGCGUGAUACAAGCAGACCUGCAGUGCUGCUUACUUGUGUGUGAUAUCACAUGUGAUACAAGCGGUACUGCAGCGUGCUUACUUGUGUGUGUGAUAUCAUGUGUGAUACCAGCCGCCCUGCAGCGUGCUUACUUGUGUGUGAGAUAUCAUGUGCGAUACAAGCGGUCCUGCAGCGUGCUUACUUGUGUGUGUGUGAGUGAUAUCAUGUGUGGUACGAGCACGCCUGCAGUGCUGCUUACUUGUGUGUGAUAUCACGUGCGAUACAAGCAGUCCUGCAGCAUGCUUACUUGUGUGUGAUAUCACGUGCAAUAUAAGCAGUCCUACAGCCUGCUUAUUUGUGUUGUGUGUGUCUGUGUGAUAUCACGUGCGAUACAAGCAGUACUGCAGCUUGUUUACUCGUGUGAUAUCACGUGCGAUACAAGCAGUCCUGCAGCGUGUUUACUUAUAUGUGAUAUCAUGUGCAAUACAAGCAGUCCUGCAGUGUGUUUACUUGUGUGUGAUACCACAUGCAAAAGAAGCGGCCCUGCAGCGUGCUUACUUGUGUGAUCACGUGCGAUACAAGCAGCCCUGCAGCUUUCUUACUCGUGUGUGUGAUAUCAUGUGGGAUACAAGCAGCCCUGCAGUGCUGCUUACUUGUGUGUGAUAUCACGUGCGAUACAAGCGGUCCUGCAGCGUGCUUACUUGUGUGAUCAAAUGCGAUACAAGCAGCAUACAGCGUGCUUACUUUUGUGACAAGCACUCAAUUUGUUGUAUUCGACUAAAGUCAUUUAUUUAUAAACACAACAGAUAAGCACACAAGCUCGACAUGCGUAAUAAUAAUUGAACAAUAUUGUAGUGUAAAACAGCACAUUUGUCCAUACAAACAAGUAUCAAAUAACAAAUGUGGUAAUGAAUUAUUAUGACCACCAGGUGUCACCAAAUCACCACCUCAACUAUAAAUAGCAGUUUUUCAUACCUACUAUUUUUCUGAGUUAUUUCACUUGAUCACUCUAUCUAACAAAAUAAAACUAUUUACUAUGAUUUGUGCUGAGUGGAUUAAUCGUGUAGAAAGUUGUACGGGGACGCGCCUGAGUGGAACGUUAUGUGCCACAAAUGAUGUUCUAGCCUUUGUUCAUUUCUCAAAGAGCGGCCCUCGGUAGAAAAUAAACCCCUGGGUUAGACAAAAAAAAUGUGGUUUAGUCACCAAACCAACGUUGGAUUUAAGAUGUGCUUGAUUUCAAUCAUGGUACUCUAACUUGUCCAUUAGUUUUCAAAAGGCUACCAAGGUACAAACCAACGUUGGAUUUAAGAUGUGCUUGAUUUCAAUCAUGGUACUCUAACUUGUCCAUUAGUUUUCAAAAGGCUACCGUGAAAUAAGUUUUAUUUCGAAAAUGAUUUUUUUUUUGCCGUCAUUAAACUGCCUCAAAAGAUUUCGCUUGUGUUAUAUGUGUCCAAAAGGGACAAGCGGUAGAAAGUGGAUGGAUGAUCCGCUUUUACUUGACAUACAAAUGCAAUAUUCCACUUUUAACUUUACUAACCUGCACAUAUCGAGGACAACAUGAAACCCGUGUCCCAGCUGUUGCUAUCAUUUUCACCUUUUUACUAUAUAAAUAAAUGCAUCAUGCGGUGCAGUUUUCAGGUAUUAUGUUUACAUUUGCAGUAAUAAAUUAAGAAUGUGUGACAAAAUAUUACUGACAUAGUCCAAGGUCAGUGUCUGGUUUGGUCACUGAAAUUUCACUUCAUGAAGGGCAAUUAAAAAAACAAGAAAACGA